AUUUUUUAAGGUAACUAUAAGAUGGAGGGUGAUAUUUGGACAGCAAUACCAUUGGAGGGCCGAGGAAAAUUUGACCUUCAAGUGCAUCAUUUAACAGUCCUGGGAAAGAUUUUUUUGAAACCGUCUGAAGAUGGCAAGUCAAUACUAGUUGACAGAGUCGAAAAUCCCAAAUUCUUCAUCGAAAAAAUUGCGUCAACUACCCAGCUGGACGACAAUUUCGAUGACAUAUUUAACGCCAUGAUUGGGGAUCUUCUGGCUGGCUACAUCAACCGGUUCAACGGCUACUUCGCAUCUAUCUACACCCAACCUAGCAUGGACCUUCUCAACCCUGUAUUAGACAAGUUCGACACAUGGCAAAUUUUGGCCACGAUUCUUUAGAAACUCAAUCAAAAUUUUACUAAUAAACCCAUAAAAAAUUAAAAGAUAAUUCUGUUCGUUUUAUUAAAGGUACAUAUACUU